ACGUUAGCUCCGUGACUAGCAAAUGUCUUCCCAAGAAAGACACAAAAUUUGUCAGUUUGAGAUUUAAUACAAUAACAUCAACGCCAAUAAACAGAGACGUGUAAAAUACUGUUUGAUUUUUAGAAACAGUAUAUAUUUUUCAUUUUUAUUUAUUUGCAAGAAUGGCCCUACAGGUUACAAAACGUAUAUGUUUGCGGUGUAGCAUUUGGCAUAUACUUGUGCGAAAUUACAGUCAAAGGGAAAAGGCUGAACAGACAAAAGCUUUACUUGAUAAAAUUAUAAGAAUUGACCAUGCUGGAGAGUUUGGUGCUAAAAGGAUUUAUCAAGGUCAAUUGGCCGUCCUUGGAAAUACACCUUCAGGUCCUGUAAUUCAGCAAAUGCAAGAUGAGGAGCAAAAACAUCUGUUGGAGUUUGAGAGGUUGAUGCAUCAACAUCGGGCACGCCCUACAGUUCUCAUGCCAUUAUGGGACAUUGCAGGAUUUGCUCUUGGGGCUGGAUCAGCCCUCCUGGGCAAGGAGGGGGCCAUGGCUUGCACGGUCGCUGUUGAGUCUGUCAUUGGGGAACAUUACAAUGACCAGAUCAGGGAGCUAAUGGAAGACAACCCUGAACAACACAAAGAAUUAUUAAAGACCCUAAAGGAAUUCCGUGAUGACGAAUUACAUCAUCAUGACACUGGGCUGGAGCACGAUGCAGAGAAGGCUCCAUUCUACAAAGCUCUCACGGAGGUGAUAAAGGCAGGAUGCAAAGGAGCCAUAUGGAUUUCAGAAAAAAUAUAAGAACAGACGUUAUGCUAGAGUGCUUGUUGAAAUGUCCUUCCUUGAAUAUCGAUUUGUCUGCAGUUUAUCUGCUACUGGAUUCAUUCCAUCCUGGAGUUUUAUUUGCAUAAUGUUCUUGGAACAAAUAUCCAUCUCAUUUAAAAGGCCUGUAUAAUUGGUUCAAAUGUCAUUAGCCUCUAACUAACGAAGUCUACAUGUGAAUGUAUUUUUUAUUGUUCCAGAUAAUAUAUAAACAGAUUCAAUUUAGAAUAUUGUCUGAUCGCAGGUGUAAGUUGGGAUGUUACCUUAUUCCCAACCUGGAACAGAUGAUAGUUGUGACAACUUACUGUUUCCUAAGAGUUUAUGUAAGUGUUGUUGUAUUUUAUAUUGAGAGUUGCUUUCAUUUUGCAUGGAAUAAAAGAGCAAAAAAAAAAAUAUUGUCUUGAUAGUUCUUUUUUAGUACCUACUAAUGUCUUGUUUUAAUACCUUACAACAUUGUUUUUUACUCUUAAAGUAACAAUCACUCUCAAAAAUAUCGAAUAUUUCGUUAAAUAAAGCUAACCCAUACAAAAAUCAAUGUUCCUUUUAGCAAAAUGCAAAAUUUCAACAUUAGAUGUUUGUGGUAGAAUUGAUUUAACGAGAUACAAAAUGCUCGUUUUUAUUUUUUGUGGCCACAAAUAAUUCCAUUUAUAUCUCCCGUGAAAUAUCCGAACAUUUACGGGCGAACACUAGAUUGGAUACUGUAAGCGUCGGAAGCAUGACGUAGCUCUCAUGAAUAAUCAUU